GCUGGUUUUAAAAAUACAUUGGUGAUACAAAAUGCUCUUUCUCUCUCUUUUUUCUCUUUUUGUUCAGUAAUUCCAAAGAUGGACCAAGAUGAAUAUUAUGAUAAUAUUGACUUACAUAUAAGAUGGUCUGAUAGACAAGACCUUGUUAUUAAUGCUGAGCCUGAUGAAACUGUGUAUUCUAUUAAAGAAAAAAUUCGUAAUCUAUCAGGAAAUGCAAAGGAUAAAUACAUUCGCCUCAUUCACAACGGAAAAGUGCUUGAAGAUCAAAGGACAUUAAAGAGUUACGGCAUUGGCAAAAUAAAUAUAACAAACUCAAAAGCAACACUAGAACCACCCUCACCUGUCUAUAUCCAUUGUUCAUUAUCCGACUAUAUACCAAAAGGCUCUUCUAUAAGCAAUAAUCGUCCUCAAAUCAUACCGCCCGUGGGCUUUGACAGGCUACGAGAAUCAGGAUUUACAGAAGAAGAUAUUCAGAAUAUAAGAGCGCAGUUUCAUAGACUUCAUGGAACAGAUUAUAAUGAUACAGAAGGAACAUCAGAGGAAGCUAGAAAUUUAGAAGAACAAUGGAUGGAUAACACAGGAGAGACACUACCAGACGGCACUGUUCAAGGCACCUACAAGGAAAUGAUGUGGGGGCUUAUGUUUGGAUUCUUUCUCGGCAUCAUUUGCUUAUUUUGGUUUCGAGAGUCUGUCUUUUCGAGAAGACAGCAAUUAGGCAUCAUCGCUGGCAUGUUGAUCAAUAUAUCAUUUGGUGUUCUACACGUCUACUAUUAAAAAUAGUUACACUGCC